UGGAAGCUGGCCUGCGUGUGAAAACCGAGCCGCCGAGGCGGGUGUGUUCCUAACGGCCCUCCGUCGGUCGGGCUCAGCCUCUGGGGACUGAGUGUGCGGCGGCUGCGGGGGGACGCCAACGACCCAGCACCCAAGCCCGGCAUGUGUUAGGAGGCGGGGUUGGCGGAGGGACUCGUGGCGUCUGCCGGGGCCGGCGCCGGCGCGUGCGUGUGCGCGUGCGCGUGGGGGCGCGGCGCGCGCCACGGCGGAGGGAAAGCGGCGGCAGGCCCAGACCCCGGUCGCACGCCGGAGCGGCUCCUUUGCUAACCUGGGACUGCUGCGCUCCCGCCACCGCCACCGCCACCGCCACCGCCACCUCCAAGCGCUGGCGUGACUCCCAGCCCGCGCCCCGCCCUCCCGCGUCCGCAGCCGGCUCGGCUUCCUGCCCGCCCAGACGCCGCUCCUCCCGAGCUCCGGGUCUCGGUUCCGCGGAGGGAGAGGAAAUGAGUGCGGCCGCGGCGCCGGCGCCCGAGCGCGGUUGGAAGAGCGAGAAAGUGGACGAGGCUCAGGCCCUGGCGCGGAGUUGCGCCGCCCGCAGACCCGACUUCCAGCCGUGCGACGGGCUCUCAAUCUGUGCCACGCACAGCCACGGCAAGUGCUUCAAGCUGCACUGGUGCUGUCACCUCGGAUGGUGUCACUGCAAAUACGUGUAUCAACCGAUGACCCCUGUGGAACAGCUUCCAAGCACUGAGAUUCCCGCGAAGCCUCGGGAACCCACAAACACCAUUCAGAUCUCAGUCUCCCUCACUGAACACUUUUUGAAAUUCGCAUCUGUCUUCCAGCCUCCCCUCCCCCCUGAUUCACCAAGGUACUGUAUGAUCUCAGACCUCUUUAUUGACAACUAUCAGGUUAAAUGUAUUAAUGGGAAGAUGUGUUAUGUGCAGAAGCAGCCGGCGCCACAUUCCCACAAAAUUAGCCCCGAGGAGGUCUCUGCACACGAUGCCUUAAUAUCAAAAGAGAGCAGUACGCCAAAAACAGAUCACUGCUCUUCUCCCUCAAGUUCUGAGGACUCUGGGAUCAAUGCAAUCGGGGCUCACUAUGUGGAGUCGUGUGAUGAGGACACAGAAGAAGGAGCAGAACUGAGUUCAGAGGAAGAUUACAGUCCAGAGAGCAGCUGGGAGCCAGACGAGUGCACCCUUCUCUCCCCAUCGCAGUCUGAUCUGGAAGUGAUCGAAACAAUAGAAACCACCGUGUGAGGGUCCAGGCAGGAAGCCACGUCCUCUGAUCCAUGCUGAGCUUUUGUACUUUUGUCUGAUGGAUGCUUUUUCCAAUGCAGUCGAUGUUUUCUACCCCUCUCUAACAACCAUACCAGUUCAGUGGUCUGCUGAUUUAGCUUCACUUUUAAAUUAGUCUUAUAAUUAAGACAUUUUUUUCUUAUAAAUGGUUUUCUUUUGUAUCUUGACUUCCUUUUUAUGUAGCAUCUGGUGUCAUGAAUUGUGACCCAGCCUUAAUUUCACUGGGAACUUUGAAAGCAAUGAUGUGAUGAAGUGAUGAUCACAGAGCAUCAUGGAUCAGGUUGAGGAGCUACCCAGAGUGAAGGAGACACUGUUUUAUAAAUAGCCAGUGCUUCGCAGAACAACUCUUUGUCGUUCCUUUUGGCGUGCUGAUGAGCACCCCUACCCUGCUCGUCCCGUGUGGAAAGUGGUUCACGUGACUCCUCAAGGUGUGCACUGAUUGAUGCCAUUCUGUCCCUUUCCCCGUCUCCCCACCGCCUGCACUGGGGCUGGGCCAGUGCUGCCCUGGCUUACUUCUGGGAGGUUACUGGAGACCAGCUCAGUCCCUAGUUAUGGCCAGUGUCUGCACAUCCCUCCGUUACCUGGGGCUGAGCUAGACCUCACUUCAGAAGAGAUUCCACCUUCUGUUUCAGGCUCAGUCCAGCUUUAGCUGAGUGCCUACGCUCUUCAGGGAUACAGAGUGAACAAGGCCUGACUCCCGGCAGGAAGGGACCACAGUCCAGUAGGCGAGGUAACACAUGCAGGUGAUGGGACCCAGAGUGCCCUGGGAACCCCAGGGAGGGAGAGAUGUACUUGGCCUGGGCUAGCUGGGGAUGUUGUACCAUUUGAACUGGCCUCUUGGGUGGGUUCCCCAACAUAUCCCUGCUUUUUAAAAUUGUUCUUCAAAUCUGGGGGAAACUUUUAGGAAUUAUAUAGGUAUUAUAUUUAGGAGGCAGCCACAUCUGAUGUCUUACGAAAAAAAGUCAGUCAUAGUUUUAGUUAGCAUGGAAGUGCUAAAGACAGCAGUCCUUUAGGGAUUAGGAAUGAAUCUAAUAGGUUUGAUUAAUUCUGCUUCAUUUGGUUGUAUGAAGCAUUAGGAUGGCUUAGGUAAGAACUGGAUUAGAAUUCAGUAUGAUGCAUGGAUUUUUUAUGCCAAUGCAAAAACAGUUGAAAUAGUUCUCUAAGUCAGGAGAAAAUAUUUUGUGUAAUAUUCAUUCACUUUACAACAGUAAUAUUCAUGGGCUGUUGUAAAUAUUCUCUUUUCCUGCACACAUAAAAUAGUAAAUGAUUCUUAUUUAGCUCUCUUCAGAAUUCUGCUCCUAAUCUCCAUUUGUAACUGGUGUUCUCGUGUGAGUCGGUUACCUGCUGUUUCUCCAAAUAUACCGUCUGUGAGGCAUAGUUAAGAAUCCAGGAAAUUUAAAAUAUGGCCCACAUGAAACCAGAACUGUCAAAGUUGGAGCUAGAGAAAUACUUCCUACACCCUGACUAUCCAUGAGUGCGCUCUCAUGGCAUCAUCUCAUGACAUAUCUUCUGUGUCACGUUAGUUUGUAUUUUAAGAAAUAAGAAGAGGCCUGUUGUGUCCUUCCCUGAAGCUUCCACUUGGCAUCUUUCACAAAUCACUCCAGGCAGAACCUGCUUUCCUAGUUGUAUGUGUAGUUCAUGUGACUGGCUAGAAGAGUUUGUUAGCUUUAGGUGCCCCAAGCAGCCAUAGGGUUUAGAAAGCAGAGUGUGCGUAUUCCUUUGAAAGCAGUGUGUGUUUACACUUUCUGUGCUAGAUGAGAAUGCAGCCAGCAUAAAGUUCCCACUUAAUGAAACGUAAAGACUCAACAAGUCAAACCAAGAAGGUGGUGAUCAGAGCUCCAGGUACAGCGGGGCCCAGGAGAGGGUGGCGGAGGAGGGUGUACGGAGAGGGGCUUAGGGACAGACAGCUGAGGAGCCCUGCCUUGGGCUCUCAGCACCGCCCAGGAUUGAGUGGCCAGCUGCAGCCAGGGUGACGCCAGGGUCCUGUCUUCACCUAACUCUGGGUGAGCUUGUUGCAACCCCGGGUGGGAACACGAGGCUCUCUUUCUCUGCACCAUUCCUAUCGGUUCUCUCCUCCAUCCGUUAAUCUAAUUGGAGUCAACCACCAGGUCUCCAGAGCCAUGGGAAUCCAUGGGCACAGGGCCACGUUUCUGAGGCUGGCUGUGUCAGGGUUGGGCACUUUAUAUGAUAAUAUCUAUGACUUUUGCCUAUGUUCCUGUUUAAACUCCUGAACUGCCAUUCAGAUUAGCCAUGAUUUUAAUGGAAUUUUUGGAUUUAAGACUAGUUGAUAAUCACUUUAAAUGUUUGCACAAACUCUUUAUAAUUAAAAACUAAGAUUCACUUCUAUCUAUUUUAUAGAACUGGAGAUGUUCCACUGGAUUCUAAAUAUCAGAUGAUCCUGGAUCUCAAAGUAGCCUUUUCUAAAUAAGCACAAACAAGAAUUCUUUUUUUUGUCCUAGCACUCUUAAUAAUUAUCUGAAAAUCAUAUAUGAUUGAACCAGAAUUGUUUCUCUAAUGCUUGCAUUCCAAAAACAACUGAAAAGGAUAUACAAAUACGUAGUUUCAGCUUAAAUUCUAGGCCUAUUCUGUUCUGUAUUAUAUGAAAGAAUUUCUCUGUAAUCCUGAUACUGUAUUGCUCAUUUGUAUAAGCAUAUUUAUAGGCACUUUUAGAAAAUGUUUAGACUGCAAUAGUGUACUAUAGACAUAGAACAAACACAGUCAUGUUAAAUAGGUUUUUGAUUAAUACUUGUACAUUGAGAGAUAUGAAAGCUUUAUCAUUUGGACCUUUGCUCACUUGGGGAAAAGAGUUGGGCUGUGUGGGUGGAAAAACUGCUUUCUUGGGCUUUUAUCAAAAACUGGCACCAUUCCCACUUUUUGAAGGUUGGUGUGAAAGCUGUUAGGUAGAACAUACAAAGUAAGUGCUGUGUGGAAUUUAGCUUUCUUAUCUAACCAAGAUUUCUUUUAGAAUUUUCAAGUUUCACACGUGUUCAUGACUUUUCUGAGAAAUGACAAAGCAAUUAAAAUGCUUUUGUCAUUAUAACUGUUUGGUACAUUAACAAUUGAAGCUUUACAAUCAAACCUAGGUAUUUUCAAGAUUUGAAAUGCAAAUUUGAGGAAAACCCUGAAGAAAAACAGAUGCUUUCCUGGAAGGGGAAGACCUGUAGUUCAAGGUAAUACAGUACAAAAUGAAACAGAAAAUAAAAUCACCAAAACCAGAACAAAACCAUGAAGUUGUUUUUCUGAGGUACUUUUUGGAUUUGAUCUAGGAUUUGAUUUUAUCUUGGGAGUGGUGGUUUUAUUUCUUAAUCUCUACUUCCUGGCCUAUUUGAAACAUCAAAGUUCUUUUGGGGCGAUCAUAAACUCCUUUUAUGCAAAUUUCUCUACUUGGGCAAUAGGAUGCAACCAGGUAAUUUAGAAAGCUGUCAAAAUAUCCAGAUACAAAAAAAAAAAAAAACUCCCGAUACUUUUGGUGGUAUAAAUACUUCUAGGCAAGAAAAAAAAAAGCACAAGUUAAAAUAAUAUUUAUACAGUCAACACUUGAUUAUUCCAUCUUGUUUGCAAAAUUUUGUUGACAUGUUUUGGAUUUUUACAUGAGGAAAACAAAGUUUCUGUGAGUUUUCUUUCCUACUCCCCUCUCCAGAGGAGGUGUGAGCACAUUAAGGAGGCCAGUUGUAUUUUGGGCUUUUCUGUCAUGUGUGACUGUGUCUCUUCCCGCUGAGGUGGGGAGAAAGAAGUGGGCGUUUCCGCACUUGAUCAGUGCUGUCAAUUCCAGGGAUGUCAGUGCUUCUCACAUCCAAACAUAAGUACAGGGGCACUUCUCAAAACUAAGUUUGGAAUUAUUUAUCUUCAGAAAAUUUCUUAUGUCACUGCUCCCUUUUGUUGUCAUGGAUAAUUGAGAGUUGACUGUAUUGGGAAAGGGCUGCGUUUCUGUUUGUGCUUUGAGUUCUUUCUAUUAAGGCUGAAGCAGUUCUCUCUUAAUAGUCUGAACAAGUCUGAAAGCAAAUCAUCAGUAGCAGUUUUAAUGCUGAGCUUCCAUAUCAUCGUGUUCAUGUGUACUUUUAAGGCUGUUUGCACCUUGUAAUACUCACUGUGUGAUUUUUUAAAACCUGUCUGUUUUAAAGUUUUAAGCACAAUGUUGAUCCGUCUGUAAUUUCCUAAAAUUAUAUUCUGUUUUCCUACAAACAGCUCAACUUUCCUCUCUGUAUAAUACUUUAGGAAAAUACUACCUUGUAAAAUAAAUGUGAUUUUUUUCUUUUUUA